AUGCAGUCCAACGUUCAUGUAUACACCGACGGCAGCUGCCUAGGUAACGGGAAGCAAGAAACCAAGUGUGGCGCAGGACUAUGGUAUCCCUCAAGAGGUGGAGAUGGCGUAUCGGUCAAACUACGAGACACGUGUACGACCAACAAUGCCGCCGAGCUAGAUGCUAUAUUGUUCGUGCUAUGCACUAACGUGGGUACUGCGUCACUGACUAUACACACGGACUCCAUGUACUCCAUAAACUCUAUAUGUGUAUGGAGCAAAUCGUGGGUCAAGAACGACUGGCUGGGUGGAAACGGUGCGCCUGUUGCCAACGCCGACACCAUAAAAUGCAUACUCCGCAUAAUGAAGGACAGGGCAUCGUGUGGCGGAACCACAGAGUAUGUGCAUGUUAAGGGACACUCUGGCGACGAAGGGAAUAGCCACGCUGACAAAUGCGCUAAGGCAGGUGCCGAGCUCGACACCGUAGACCGCAGAGUGGAGCUGCUCUGUAAGUCCGGAGUGCGCUUCCACUAA